UCUAGCACCGGGCUGCUACCACGAAGAUUUGCAGCAGCCUGCAUGGUUCGCUUCCGCUUGGUGUUUGGCCCUUACAGAAAGUGUGAGUCGGACACUUUUUACAUUUGUGUGGGUGGUCUCUCUACAGGAACGGCAACAUUUGCAAUUAGUCAGAACAUUAAAGUCUGUAGUCAUCCGUGCCAGCAUUGGAGCCAAGGUGCUUGAAGCAUGUCAUUUGCAAACAUCAUGUCUUAACAUGGCUUGCGGCUUUGUAGCUGUUUUGGCAAAGCAUUGAGCAUACACGCCUGGCCAUUAGAUUGGACAGACAAAAAUGUGCAGGAAAGCUGCGCCACUUGUUGAUUUAGAGCCCCGGCAUUGCAUGGAUUCUUUCAUGAUAGUCACAGUGGGUGCAUGAAUUGUCGGGGAUCUAGACAAGGCCAAAGAUGCAAUCAGAAAAUGAACAUCCUCAGAAUGCCGUGUGAUGACGGAUGACGAGGGCGACUGGCUCACAGUCACCGAAGUAUCAUUCCAGACCUCAAGACGAGGACUGGUUGGCCCCAAAGCUUGGAAGCCAGUGACGCCCGUUGUGGGUCGUCGAUACCCUGAUGAGAUCUUCAGCUUCAUCCGUGGCUGCGGAUUGCUGGGUGCAAACAGAUCCGAGACUGAGGCCAAGAUCCAGCAGAUUCGGACUUGUCCCAAUUUCAAAGGAUGGCAACCAUUGCUGGCAUCCCUGGUGCCUAGAUCGGGUCUGUCACAUCUGCAGCCAUGCAUCACAGACUUCCUGCAGCAUGAUGAGAUGGACCAAUCGGCGAAGAUCGGUGGAAAAGGAGUUGCGAAUGCUUGCCCGGAUAGCUGCCGGCGCAUUGCGUACAAGCUCAAUGCAGACAGUUCUGGCAUUGAUGUCAGAGUCCAGGUAAAUGUGCACUUGGUCUUUUCACUGCUGGUGGACGGUAUCAGACAGCGUGCUUUGGGCUACGAAGGGGAUUGGCGGACAGUGCAGACUGCCGCAGUGGAACUGCAGAGAGUGCCGUGGCGAGAGCUAAGCUUCCGGCUUUUGGACAACAAGUCUGAUGCCAGGUAUCCGCAGCCAAAGUUGCUGCAUUUCCUACGGCCGGAACAAUUGAGGUCGUUGAGCUGGAUGGUGAAACAGGAGGAAUCUGGCAUGCUGACCAUGAUUUAUCGGUGCUAUUGGCAAAGAUUCCGCCCAAAGGAGGCAGCACCAAAGAGCGUGGCCCUGGAUUGGUGUUUGGAUUGCCGUGUCAUUGCUUCAUUCAAGGCGAAUGGGGGCAUACUUGCAGAUGAGAUGGGCUAUGGCAAGACAGUUCUGGCAAUCGCUUUACACGAGGUUCGGCAGGAUGGUGAGUAUUUGGCCGUGCCAGAGGUGGACAAGAUGACCAGCUUCCAAUGUCCAGCCACACUAAUUUGCGUUCCAUCUCAUUUGCACUUGCAGUGGCAGAAUGAACUCAAGAAGUUCACAGGGAACAAGUACAAGGUUUUGAACAUCACCAAGAAGCAGGACUUUGAGAGGAGUACUGUCAGGAGUUUUUUGGAGGCAGACGUGGUGCUUUGUACUUAUGACAUCUUGAAGUCCAGCAUGUAUGUUGGUCGAAGGUCAGAGUUGGCAGAUGCGAUUCGCCCAAGAAAAGACUUGUGGGACAUCGCCAGCAGUGAGACCGACAACAGUGGACUCAACAUCAUGGAAAAACUGCAGCUUGGUGUCUCAUCAUUUCUUUCGCAGCCACAGACAGGUCAUCAAUGGUCCAAGUUUGUGUCCAAUGGCUCACUUCGCUUUCCGCUGCUGGAGUUAUUCUUCUUCCGGCGAGUGGUUUUCGAUGAACUUCAUGAACUUGUUGGUGGGCAGGGAGACUUGAGCACGGUUCAUCACCUGCGUUCACACCAUUUUUGGGGUCUUACUGGCACGCCUUUGAUCACUUCCGCUCAGCAUAUUUCUGGAAUGGCUGAGCUGCUACGGAUUGACGUGGCUGGGCCGGGCAGUCAUUCUUUACAGAAUACAGACCCUGUGCUGAUUGAGAACUGCAGCCGCUUUUUAGAUGCUUGCGUUCGACAGAACACAGCAGAACUUCCCAAAAUCAAUGUGAUACAACACUUGAAACUUGUGAAACAUACACCUCAAGAGCGGGCUUUGUACCUCUCAGCAGCAGCUGAUGCUUGGAGCAACUCUUUGCAGCGCAAUCAACGGCUAUUGAUUCUGUGCUCCCACUUCAGCGAGCAGCUGCUCGGAGAAGGAAGUGCGAACGAGGCGUGUGGCAAUUUGGUGAGCCGCAGGCGUCAGGGAUCUCGCACGGCCUAUGAUCACCUGGCUUUGGUUGCCAAGUGGGCAGAAGCCCUGCGACGCUUGGGUGCCAACGUCAAGACUGAGGCCUUCAUCUCUGAUGCAAGCCGUCAAGAAGAGGCCAAGACAGCUAUUGAGGAGGUACGGGAGAAGGCCUUGGCAAUCAGUUUGGAAGAGUUGACUCCAAUGGAUGGGGAGCCAUGGUGUGCACGGGUGAGGCGUGCCUUGUCCAGCACGGGAGCCACACCAAGCGUGUCGAAUGCUCUUCCUAGCUGGGUUGAGCGUUGUGAAAGAGCACUGCGACAAGCACUGAUGGCCUUCUUGGAGGCACAAGCACAGCUCAAAUUCCUUGAGCAGACGUUGGAGCUCAUCGCCAAGGAGGACAAAGAGCGAAACUGUGUGAUUUGCUAUCAGGACAAUUUGGAGCUUGAACAGCUGGGCAUCACUCCUUGUGCUCACUACUUUUGCUUGCCCUGUCUAAGCCAGCAAGUGGAGAGGAACGGCAGAUGUGGGGUUUGCAGGCAUCCUUUGAAGCAGUCUGACGUUGUGCCGUUGAUGCAUGAGAUGAAGGAACAAGCAGUUACAGAUCAAGAUGUUGACAAGCCCGGGCUUCAGAAAUUUGGCACCAAACUGGCAGCAAUUGUCGAGCUUCUGAAGGAGAUCAAGUUGCAAGACUGCUUUGCAAAAUGCAUAGUCUUUUGCCAAUGGGACAGUCUUUUGGGGAACAUUGCUUGCGCCUUCAAAGACUUCGGGGUUCGAUACUCACGCCUGCGUGGUUCGGUCUACGCGCAAACUCGAACUUUGGUGAACUUUCAAGGAGCCAAUUCCAGUGUCGAUGUCCUGUUGCUUUCGCUGGAGCAAAGCGCCAGUGGAACCAACUUGACUUGCGCAAAUCAUGUGAUCCUUGUGCACCCGAUGAACGCAGAGACAUCCGAGCAGUCCGUGGCGUUUGAACUUCAAGCCAUUGGACGAGUGCGGCGCUGGGGACAACCACGCAACGAGGUUCAUGUUUGGCGUUUUUGUACCUUGGGCACCAUUGAGGAAGAGAUUUCCAAGAAGCAUCAGAAGGAGAUCUACGAGAGUGGUGAAACCUUUAGCAUGCAAGAAGGCUUUGUUCAGGAUGCUGCAAAUGGUAGAAAGCAAGGUGAAAGACUCUUCAACAAAAAAAGAAAGAGAGGCAAAUCUGAUGAGUUGAAGUCCUCGCCUCAAGUUGUGGACAGGGAUGCUUUUCUUUCCCGGAUUCGGGAUGUGAAGGAUCAUUUUCCACAGUGGUCGUGCACAAAGUGUCGCCUCCUGAACGACGCGGGAGCAUUGUUGUGCACCUGUGGUACCAACCGACCAGGACUGCAAGCGGUUCCUGAAGAGCGCUUUCAGAGACUGCGUGCUCCGACAGCUCUAUGCAUCAACUUGAGCUCUGAUUCGGACAGCGACGGCGCCGAGCACGCCGACCAUCCCUCUUCAUCCUCUUCAGUCAUUGAGCCAAAGAAAGCACUCGCACUUCAAGAGAUUGUGGAGAAAAGAUCAUGCUGCAGAGGUAUUAUGUGUCAUUAUUAACGCUGACCUUAAUUAUUGUGUUGCACGUGCCUGCAUGUUGCAAAAGUGCUGUCAUGUGCUGUCAGACUAAAAUUGUGUAAAGGCAUAACUUGGCAAUGUUCACCCCAAGUUUCAGGCUUCUUGAAAUUUCAC